AUGAACGACUUGUUUUCAAAUUCCUUCAAAAAGUACACCGAUUUGAAGGAACAAGCUUACCUUGAUGAUGUCGAGGCAGGGAAUCGAGAAACUGUUAAUCUCGAUAAAUUCUUCGAAGAUGUUGAGAAUAUAAAAGAGGACAUGAAAACAAUUGAACAAUUGUAUAGGAAAUUGAAAGAGGCUAAUGAAGAAAGUAAAACCGUGCACAAUGCUAAAACCAUGAAAGAACUUCGAGCACGAAUGGACAAAGAUGUUGAACAAGUCCUUAAACGUGUCAAAAUUAUUAAAGGAAAACUCGAAGCAUUGGAUCGUUCAAAUGCAGCUAAUAGAAACAUUCCAGGGUGUGGUCCAGGUUCAUCAGCAGAUAGAACUAGAACUUCAGUGGUUAGUGGUUUAGGGAAGAAACUUAAAGAUAUGAUGGAUGAUUUUCAAGGUUUGAGAGCAAGAAUGCAACUUGAGUAUAAGGAAACGGUGGAACGGAGGUAUUUUACAAUAACGGGAGAGAAAGCGGAUGAAGAAACUAUAGAAAAUUUGAUAUCAAGUGGAGAAAGUGAAAAUUUCAUGCAAAGGGCAAUUCAAGAACAAGGUAGGGGUCAAAUAAUGGAUACUAUUUCGGAAAUUCAAGAAAGACAUGAUGCUGUUAAGGAAAUUGAGAAGAAUUUGAUUGAGUUGCAUCAAGUGUUUUUGGAUAUGGCAACUUUGGUAGAGUCUCAAGGACAACAACUUAAUAAUAUUGAGAGCCAUGUUGCACAUGCAAGUUCUUUUGUAAGAAGAGGGACAGAACAACUUCAGGAAGCUAGAGUGCAACAAAAGAAUUCUAGGAAAUGGACAUGUUAUGCCAUAAUUCUUGGUAUUGUUCUAGUUGUUGUGCUUUUGUUUCCUCUCUUGACAUCACUUUUGCCUCAUUUGUUAAAAUGA